CCAUUGUUGGAAACAUAAUAUUUGCUCUACAAAAACCUAUUACUCACAGCUCAUCCCAUUUCAUAAUUUUAAUAUUUCCUGCUUCUCUCUCUCCCCUGCCUUCCCUCUCCCUUACAUACACAAGUCUUCUUCUCCUCAUAUACAUAUACUAUGCUUUUUUUUUUCCAUUUGAACCUGUGCCUAUCCCACAUAAUCUACAGUGAGAAAGAGUCAGCAUAUGAUAUUGCUGACCCAGAAAAAUAACCGUUCUUUAAGGUUUAUUAAUAAAUGUAUAAGGAAAUGAAUGGGGCCAAUGGCAAAGAAAAGGCGCAAUAACAAGUCAAUUCCACAGGUGCCAACAUCCAGGGAACAGAGGUGCUUCUCAAGCAGGAACACUGAAUGUGACAGCUGCAGUCCCCGACCAUGGUCAGUAGCAGAGUAGAAGUGUCUUUCAGAGCCCCUUAUGAUAGCUGAUUUCUCCUCAGGGUUCAGAAGCCAGUGGAUCCUAGACUAAAGGGACCAUGCAUAAUUUGAGCUGCUACAAUCCCAGUUCCUUUCUCCUUGUGGGAAUACCUGGCCUGGACAAGUUCCACAUCUGGAUUGGGAUUCCCUUUUGUGUCAUCUAUGUUUUGGCUAUUGUGGGAAACUUCAUCCUCCUCUACCUCAUUGCAACUGAGUGCAGCCUCCACGAGCCCAUGUUUUUCUUCCUAGCUAUGCUGGCUACCACGGACCUCAUCCUGUCCACUGCCACAGUGCCCAAACUGCUCAGUAACCUCUGGCUGGGCUUCCAGGAAAUAACCUUCUCUGGCUGUCUCACCCAGAUGUUCUUCCUCCACUUCAGCUUUGUAGUGGACUCAGCCAUCCUGUUGGCCAUGGCGUUCGAUCGCUAUGUGGCCAUCUGCUUCCCUUUGAGGUACACCACCAUCCUGACUCGGCAGGUGAUCAUCAAGCUGAUGGUGAGCAUUGUUGUGAGGAGCUUCUCUGUCAUCUUGCCAGAUGUUUUUCUGCUGAAACGGUUACCCUUCUGCGGGACACGCAUCAUACCGCACACAUACUGUGAGCACAUAGGUGUUGCUCGGCUUUCCUCUGCUGACAUCUCCAUCAACAUCUGGUAUGGAUUUUCUGUGCCUCUCAUGACUGUCAUCUCAGAUGUGAUCUUUAUUGCUGUUUCCUAUACCUUCAUCCUCCAUGCUGUCUUUCACCUCUCAUCCCAGGGUGCCCGCCAAAAGGCCCUCAGCACCUGUGGUUCCCAUGUCAGUGUCAUCCUCAUGUUUUACACACCUGCCUUCUUCUCCAUCCUUGCACAUCGCUUUGGGCACAGUGUCCCUCGAAAUGUGCUCAUCCUAUUUGCCAACCUCUAGGUGGCCAUUCCCCCUGCCCUAAAUCCUGUGGUCUAUGGAGUGAAGACCAAGCAGAUCCAGGACAAAUUUGUUCUCCUCUUUUCUUUGAAGAGGACACACUGAAUGGGGAGGGCCACUGAUGGAGAAAGUUAGGUAAAUUAAUUAGAUGAGAUUUUGCAUAACAUAGGAGCUAUAAAAAUAAAGCUGUAACUCCUAUAGCUUGAAAUUUUAGAGUUCCAGCCAUGUGCAAAGUAGGGACAGGUGGGGGAAAAGGAAAAAGAAAAUCUUCUAGACUUCCAGAAAAUCAAGGGUUUUCUUGGUUCAGUUUUCUCACCACUUGUAUGAAGAAGGUGAUGAUUGGUACAGAAGAGCACUAAUACUAAGGUUUACCUCUUUCCUAUUGCUAAUUUUGAGAUAUUUGAAGGCUACUUAUUUCCUAGUAUACAACUCACCCCUUUGCUUCUGAGUUCCUGAGUUAAAGACAAAGGCUCCUGUCUUCCCUCUUUAAGUAGCUAUCAAGUCUGUCUACUACAACUACUAAGCUUGAUGCUCUGCAGUUCAGCCCUGAGUCUGUACAUGAGUAAUCCCUCCUCCCGUGUCCUGUACUUGCUUUACCUUUUCCCCUACCCAUCUCAAAUUACAUGGAGCUUGUUUUCUUUUGUAUCUGUUUUCUUCAGUUGCACGCUCCAAGAAAAUUUUCACUACCUUUGGCUCAUAUUUUACAAAUAUUAAUUAAUUUAAUUAAAAACAGUUAUGGUUCAGUCG